AUUCUGAUUGUGUUCGUAGUCUGACAAAGAUAUCAACUAUGGUAAGAGAAAAUAAUCGAAAAUCAACAAGGAAGUUUGUGAGAAAAUGGCUUAUAGUUGCCUCUUUAAUCGCUAUAAUAACUGCUGUGUUAUUCUACAAACCGUUACCAUCUGAUAUUACAAGCCCUCAUCACGCCAGAUUUGUUAUUAGGCUAUUAGAGAACAUUGAAAGUUUGGCUCGGCUUUUGUACAAUUUAGGAAUAUGUCCACCACAUUUAACAGCAAGAACUAUAACAGAUGCUCUUGUAACUUUACAAGGAAUAGACUAUACUGGUUUACGAGUCAAUGACACAAAGUUCGGAGAUGUAAUCGUUCGUGUGUAUACUCAAGUUAAUAAAGAAACGACAGUUUUGGGACCCGGUUUGUUUUUUAUUCACGGUGGUGCUUGGAUGCUCGGAAGUGUUGACUCUCAUGACGUAGUCGCGAGAACCUUCGCCAAAAAUAUUCAAAAUUUAGUGGUUGUAUCAGUAGAAUAUCGUCGUGCACCAGAAUUCGCAUAUCCAAUACCUCUGGAAGAUUGCCUGGAAGCAUAUAAAUACUUUUAUGAAAGAGCCGAGGAAUUCGGUGUUGACAAAGAAAGAAUGGCCAUAGUUGGAGAUUCGGCUGGUGGAAAUUUAGCUGCGGCUGCGACUCUCAAGCUUAGAGACGAGGGAAAUAAAUAUAAGCCAAAGCUACAGGUUUUAAUUUAUCCUGUUUUACAAGCGCUUGAUUUAGAUACAUAUUCUUAUCGGAAGUUUUCUGGAGUAGCCUAUGGCGACCGAGAAGGUCUAGCGGCAGCAAUCAUACUAUAUAGUGGCCAAAAUAUAGAUUUUGUCCCGGACGUUGCUAAAAAUAGGCAUGUGACGAAGGAAAUACAUGAUCUGUAUUAUCACUUAAUAGACUAUGAACUAUUACCGCAAUAUUUAAGGCCUAAUUAUAAACCGUCAGUGUUCAAGGAUCCUAUUCCAAAAAUUGUUGAUGCUAUGAAAAAAUUCUAUCUUGAUCCUUAUUUUAUGCCACUUAUGGAAAAGAAUUUAACUGGUUUACCACCUGCCUACAUUCCUACUGCCCAGUACGACUGUAUAAGGGAUGACGGCUUAAUUUACGCAGCAAGAUUACGCAAUGCCGGAGUUGAUACAAUUUGGAAAAAUUACGAACAUGGUUUCCACGCUAUUCUAAACUAUAUUGCGGAACCAUUAAAAACCGAUGAAGGCCUUAGAAUGAUGGUGACAUCUGUUAAGGUCAUGGCAACUCGCGCUUUAGUCGCCCUCGGUAGAUCUAGUAGUUUGCUUCGGAAUCAAUCCUUUGUCAAAGGAUUCCGAAACAUUACUUCGGCUGUUCAUAUUGACCCUUCAACUGGAUUGAAUGAUGAACAGAAACAUUUUCAACAAUUGGCUCAUGACUUUGCUACCGCCGAGUUGGCACCAAACAUGGAGAGGUGGGAUGCAAAUGAAGAAUUUCCAGUGGAAACACUGAGAAACAGUGCAAAAUUAGGUUUUGGAGCCAUCUAUUGCGAUCCUGAGUAUGGUGGAACUGGUCUCAAUAGGACAGAUGCAUCUAUAAUUUUCGAAUCUCUUGCUAUGGGAUGUUGCAGUACCACAGCUUAUAUAUCAAUUCACAAUAUGGUAGCCUGGAUGAUCGACACCUUCGGUAACAACGAACAACGAUCCCAAUAUUUACCCAAAUUAGCAACAAUGGAAGACUUCGGUUCUUAUUGCCUAACUGAACCAGGACACGGUAGCGAUGCUGCUAAUUUGGAAACAAGUGCCACAAAAAAGGGAGACUACUAUUUGUUAAACGGAACAAAAUCAUUUAUUAGUGGUGCCGGAGAAUCCAAUGUGUAUUUAGUUAUGUCUAGAACAGGAGAAAAGGGACCUAAAGGUAUUAGCUGCUUUAUUAUAGAAAAAGAUAUGACGGGUAUCAGCUUUGGAAAGAAAGAGAAAAAACUGGGGUGGAACACUCAUCCAGCUCGUCAAGUGAUUUUGGAAGAUUGUAAAGUUCCUGCUAAAAAUUUAUUAGGUAGAGAAGGGCAAGGAUUCAAUAUUGCAAUGAAUGGUAUAAAUGGUGGUCGGUUGAACAUCGCCUCUUGUUCUUUGGGAGCAGCUACUUCAGCUUUAUACGCAACCAGAGAUUACCUUAAAAUUAGGUCUCAAUUUGGUACUCUUUUGAAGGAUAUGCAGCAUUUACAAUUUAAGUUAGCUGAAUUAGCUGGAUCGUUAGUAGCUUGCAGAUUAAUGGUAAGAAACGCUGCAAAAUCUAUGGAUGAGAAAGAUGCUAACCUUGUUUCACUUUGUGCCAUGACCAAACAACUCGUUACUGAUGAAUGUUCAAGAAUAUGUAAUGAAAGUUUACAAAUGUUUGGCGGAUAUGGUUACCUAAAAGAUUAUCCAAUUCAGCAAUAUUUCAGAGAUUGUCGUGCCCAUCAAAUAAUCGAAGGAACAAACGAAAUUAUGAAGUUGAUUGUUGCAAAGCAUAUUUUUGCUGAAUAG